GAGAAAGUGAGCAACUUUAGACAUAAAAAUCCAGUUCAGCUGCAUUUGAAAUAGUUUUUCCCUGGCAUCCCACAGCCAUGGAAGUUACUUUGUAACCUUUUCCAGACUGAAGGAUGUUUUUUAUCUGAUUUUGAAUUUCUUGAAUUGAAGUGAGCUAUGGCAUACUAUUGACAGAAGAAUGGAAUAUUACCAGAUUUCCUUCCCAAAGGUGGUUGAAAGGUUUUAUACGAGAACAAAAAUACACCGCAGAAUGGCACCGCAUUAAUAUUGGGGAUCCUAGACUGCGGCAAUAUACCAGGGUUCAAAUGACAAAGUUCCAAUUUGUGUCAACUAUGAUGAAAUGGUGAGCCAUGUUUUUAUAAAAUAUUAUACACAUCUUAAUAUUAUACAUAAUUGUUUUCCCAUAUUUCUUCCUUUAUAAGGGAUUCAACUCCUUGAGGAAUUAAAAACAAUUACAGUAGGCUAUGUCGCCUUGGGUUAGUUUUCAAAAUUCAUAGUCGAGAUUUAAUUACAUAAUUCAUUUUGUUAUUUUGGAUUUUUAGGUUACAAAAUAAAAGCAGUCUCAUAUUAAUCUAUUUUCCAUAAAUAGAAUUACAAUUAUUUGUUAAAGCCUUUGUUUUGAAGGGUCGAACAGGAAGACGAUCUGUUGCUUAAUGUCGUUAACUUCAUGACAUCAGCUGCUGUUCCCACUCUGCGGUCCUGCUCUAAGUUCCAGCGCUGCGUUAGGAAGCAGGACAGACCCCGCCGCGAUACAGAGGACCACAGAACACGGUCAUAUGGUCCAACCCCGCCUUCUUCCAUACUGCUGAGCGAGUGAAAAGGCGAGCCAUUCCGGGUCGUGCCAGGCUCGGACGGGAUGCCCAGGAAGGAUCCUGCCAUCCAGCCACAGGCCACCGCUGGUGUGCUCAUUUGGUAAAUAUAGGACAAACUGAGGCAGGAGAGGAAGCAAGAUGGGAUUCCUGCACCAGCUCCAUCUCCUGCUGUGGAAGAACAUCUCUCUGAAGAGGAGAGGGCCGUGGGUGCUGGCAUUUGAAAUUUUCAUCCCACUAGUCCUCUUCUUCAUCCUCCUGGGUCUGAGGCAGAAGAAACCUGCAAUCCCUGUCAAGGAAGUGUCCUUUUACAGCGCAGCGCCACUCACCUCAGCAGGCAUCAUUCCCAUCAUGCAGUCGCUGUGCCCAGAUGGACAAAGGGAUGCAUUUGGAUUCCUGCAGUACAAGAAUUCUACAGUGACUCAGCUUCUGGAGCGCAUUAGUGAAGUGGUUGAACAGAACCGGCUCUUCACAUCUGACAGGCCGGGUUUAGGGCAGGACCUGGAGACCCUGCAGCAGCACCUGGAGAGUCUCAGUGCUGCACCUUUACCACCUGACUACAGUUUCAACAGCAGCCAAGGCUUUAUACUGGCCAGUGUGUUGAAGAACCCGCAACUCUUCCAGCAGUUCCUGGUCAGAAAUCUUUCCCUCUCCAACUCCACAGCCAGCGUGCUGCUCAACAGCCCAGUGGGCCUUCAAGAGGUGUAUGGUCUUAUCUUCGGUACUUCUCUCAGAGACAGUGGAGGGGCAAACAGUUGGAGUCAUGUACCAAAAAGCAUCAGUCAAAAACCUGCAGACAAAGUACUGCAGGUUAAGGAGCAGCUGCUGGGAGGUCUUCAGAGUCUGGAUGGAGGUCUGAUACACAAAGCCCUACAUGAUCCAACUAAAGCAGCCCACAGAAAAGCUCUGGUCCAAAUGAUGUCCUGGGCAUUAGGCCUCAAUGCAGCCUCAGAGAGCCAGAGAGACCACCUUCAAGGAAUGCAGGCGGUGGAGGGAGUUCUCCUGACUGGAUCUAUGCUGGAGUUCCUCACCUGUGGGGAUAGUGGUGGCAGAGAGCUCAGAAAGAUUCUGUUGGUGCCUGAGAAACAACAACCUUCACUGCAGGCGUAUCAUAGUGUAAUGUGCAGCACAGAGGAGGGUCAGAGGUCAGAGUACUUCAGGCAGCUGAGCCAGGAGCUAAGAGAGCAGAUUAACACACAAAGUGUCGCUGACAAGCUUCAUCUGGAGCAGCCCAGCUCCUUGCCACCCCUCUCUCACCUUGGUGCCCUGUUGAAGGACCUGACUGAUGUAGAGAGGCUACUGAAGGAUGUGGACCUGCUUUCUGGACUGGCCCGUCUGCUGCCCAAAGGAGCAUGCGCUGGUCAAAAUCCUGUAUCCCCAACCAAUGGGACGUGGCCCCUUAACAUCACUGCAUGGAGUGUCAACACCACAGAUGUUCCCAGAGAGGAUGGAGAGGAAGGAGUGGAGGGAGGUGGAAAGGGGAAGUUGGAGGAGGAAAAUCCUCACUCUCAGUUUUCAGCAUUUGUUCAGCUGUGGGCAGGACUGCAGCCCAUUCUGUGUGGGAACAACAGGAUCAUUGAGCCUGAGGCGUUGAAGCAGGGGAAUAUGAGCUCACUGGGAUUCACCAGCAAAGAACAAAGGAAUCUGGGCCUACUUGUUCACUUGAUGACUACAAAUCCCAAGAUCCUCUACUCACCUAUUGGUUCCCAGGUGGAUAAAGUGAUUCAAAAGGCAAAUGAGACGUUUGCAUUUAUUGGGAAUGUAACACAUUACACCCGGGUGUGGCUGAACAUCUCAGCCCAGCUCAGGACUUUUCUGGAGGAGGGCCGACUGCAAAGCCAUCUGAUGUGGCUCCAACAGCUGUCUUCAGAACUCCAGCAGCAGCCGGAGUUGUUGAACGGCACCGACAGUGAGCUAAUGGAAGCACUGAUGAUGGGAAACUACACUUUCCCAAACACGUCCACCCUGCUGGAGCAACUGGAAACCAUUGACAAUGCUGCCUGUGGCUGGACACGUUUCAUGUCAAAGGUCAGUGUGGAUGUCUUCAAAGGCUUCCCUGAUGAGGACAGCAUAGUCAACUACACCCUGAACCAGGCCUACCAGGACAAUGUGUCCGUGUUUGCCAGUGUGAUUUUUCAGACUAACAAGGAUGGUUCUUUGCCACCUCACGUUCAGUACAAAAUAAGACAGAACUCCAGUUUCACAGAGAAGACAAAUGAGAUAAGAAGGGCCUACUGGCGACCUGGGCCCAACACAGGGGGGAAGUUCUACUUUCUUUAUGGUUUUGUGUGGAUUCAAGACAUGAUUGAAAGAGCCAUAAUCAACACAUUUGUGGGCCAUGAUGUGGUGGAGCCUGGUAACUAUGUUCAGAUGUUCCCUUACCCAUGUUACACCAGAGACGACUUUCUGUUUGUGAUUGAGCACAUGAUGCCUCUGUGUAUGGUGAUAUCCUGGGUUUAUUCAGUAGCCAUGAUGAUUCAGCACAUCGUAGCAGAGAAAGAACAUCGGCUUAAAGAGGUGAUGAAGAUGAUGGGCCUGAAUAAUGCUGUCCAUUGGGUGGCUUGGUUCAUCACUGGCUUUGUCCAGCUCUCCAUCUCCGUCACUGCUCUCACAGCUAUCUUGAAGUACGGCAGAGUGUUACUCCACAGUGACCCCCUGAUCAUCUGGCUCUUCUUAACUAUUUACGCUGUGGCCACCAUCAUGUUCUGUUUCUUGGUGUCAGUAAUCUACUCCAAAGCUAAACUGGCUUCAGCUUGUGGAGGAAUCAUCUACUUCCUCAGCUAUGUGCCCUACAUGUAUGUAGCAAUAAGGGAGGAGGUGGCCCAUGAUAAGAUCACUGCCUUUGAGAAGUGCAUUGCUUCUCUCAUGUCCACCACAGCCUUUGGCCUUGGCUCCAAGUAUUUUGCACUGUAUGAGGUGGCAGGUGUUGGUAUCCAGUGGCGCACCAUCAGCCAGUCACCAGUAGAGGGCGAUGACUUUAACCUGAGUCUAUCCAUGAUGAUGCUUAUUAUUGAUGCUGGGUUGUACGGUGUGCUAACCUGGUACAUAGAAGCUGUUCAUCCAGGUAUGUAUGGCCUGCCACGCCCAUGGUACUUCCCUCUACAGAGGUCCUAUUGGUCAGGCAGUGGACGUGUUGAGACCUGGGACUGGCCCUGGUGUGGAGGUGGGGCUGCCAGGCUCAGUGUGAUGGAGGAGGAUCAGGCUUGUGCUAUGGACCAGCGGAGGUCCGAGGAGAUGCGGGGCAUCGAGGAGGAACCGAGCCACCUGCCUCUGGUGGUCUGCAUUGACAAACUGACCAAGGUGUACAAGACUGGCAGCAAACUGGCCCUCAACAACCUGAGUCUCAACCUCUAUGAAAACCAGGUGGUCUCCUUCCUGGGACACAAUGGAGCUGGGAAAACGACUACAAUGUCCAUUCUGACAGGCUUGUUUCCUCCAACCUCCGGCUCUGCCACUAUAUAUGGCCACGACAUCCGAACCGAAAUGGAGCGGAUUCGUCAGAACCUGGGCAUGUGUCCGCAGCACAAUGUUCUGUUUGACAAGCUGAGUGUGGAGGAGCACUUGUGGUUCUACUCUAGGCUCAAGGGCAUGGCUGAGGAGGACAUACGCAAGGAGAUGGACAAGAUGAUUCUGGACCUAGAGCUAUCCAACAAGCGCCACAGCUUGGUUCAGACAUUGUCAGGUGGGAUGAAGAGGAAGCUGUCCGUGGCCAUUGCCUUUGUUGGCGGCUCCAGGGCUGUUAUCCUAGAUGAACCCACAGCAGGGGUGGAUCCUUACGCCCGCAGGGCCAUCUGGGACCUAAUUCUGAAGUACAAACAGAGCCGAACCAUCCUGCUCUCCACCCAUCAUAUGGACGAAGCCGACCUUUUGGGAGAUCGCAUUGCCAUCAUUUCGCAUGGAAAACUUAAGUGCUGUGGAACACCACUUUUCCUGAAGAGCACCUAUGGAGAUGGAUACAAACUGACGCUUGUCAAAAAGCAAACUGAAGGCCGAGGACAGGGCAGUCAGCUGAAGCCUCCUUCCUCCUUAUCUCCAUCCUCUUCGCUGUCGCCCUGCUCAGAAGCUCGGGUCACCCGAUUUAUUCAGCAGUUUGUGGCUUCCUGCCUGCUGGUGUCCGACUCCAACACUGAGCUCUCCUACGUCCUGCCCUCCGAGUCAGUCAAGAAGGGCUGCUUUGAGAGGCUGUUCCAGGCUUUGGAGCAGAGCUUGGCCAGCCUGGCCCUGACCAGUUUUGGAGUGAUGGACACCACAUUGGAAGAGGUGUUCCUCAAAGUUUCUGAGGAGGACCAGUCUCUAGAGAACAGUGAUGCUGAUAUGAAUAGUUCGCCUGGUGGCAGCUCAUUGGCAAAGUUGUCAGUUGGUUCAGGAGCCCAGGUUGGACCAGAGCCUGAGACCGGACCCUUAGUGCAGAAUCAGAAAUCUGAGGUUGAGCUGAGCAAUCUAGUGCAAUGCUCCAGGCUCAGCCAGAGCCAGGCUUCCCUGAAAUCCUCCUCAUCUGUGGGCUCUGUGCGCGGAGACGAAGGAGGGCUGUAUGCGGACUUCUAUGGAGAUUACUGUCCUCUGUUUGAAAACGGUCAAGAGUCAGACUCUGCCAGCCUGAGAGACGAUGCAGAGAAUCCCACAACCUCAGAGACAGAGGUCCUGGAGGGGCAGGGAGGCUUCAAGUUGGAUGGCUGGUGGCUGAAAAUGAGUCAGUUUCAUGGCCUCAUCAUCAAAAGGUUCCACUGUGCCAAGAGAAACACCAAGGGCCUUUUCUCUCAGAUCCUCCUGCCUGCUUUCUUUGUCUGUGUUGCAAUGACUGUGGCCUUAUCUGUGCCUGAGAUCGGAGAUCUACCGCCCCUGAUCUUGUCUCCUUCUCAGUAUCAUAACUACACCCAGCCCAGAGGCAACUUCAUCCCCUACGCCAAUGAAGACAGACCCCAGUAUAGGAGUAAGCUGUCACCAGAUGCCACUCCACAGAAGAUCAUCAACACCCUCCGUCUUCCCUCGGGUGUGGGGGCAACAUGUGUCCUUAAGACUCCUUUCAACAGCACCCUGGACCAGCUGGCCCAGACCCUCAAUCCCAGUGCCAACAACUCCAAGACCCUGGCUGCCCAGUACUUUGACUCCAUGUGUCUUGACUCCUUCACCCAGGGGGUCCCCCUAUCCAACUUCGUCCCCCCACCCCCUUCCCCGGCUCCCUCAGAUGACCCAGACCCUCGUUUUGUUGAUGGGUUGUGGAAUUUUACAGUUGCCCCUCCAACCACAGUCCAUGAGCCUGUUACUUCUCCUCCCACCCUCCCUCUGUCCAUCCACGAGCCGGUGCGAUGCAUCUGCUCCAUGCAGGGCACAGGCUUCUCCUGCCCCAGUGGGGUCGGAGGACGUCCCCCUCUCAUGAAGGUGGUGACGGGGGAUAUCCUGGUGGACAUCACAGGGCGGAAUGUCUCUGAGUAUCUGCUCUUCACUUCAGACAGAGUGCGGCUUCACAGAUACGGUGGUUUAACUGUGGGAAACAUCCAGAAAUCCAUCCCUGCAUCCUUUGGAAGAAACAUCCCUACAAUGGUUCGCAAGAUAGCAGUACGCAGAUCAGCUCAGGUCCUGUUCAACAACAAAGGCUAUCACAGCAUGCCAACCUAUCUGAACGUACUGAACAAUGCCAUCCUGCGCGCCAAUUUGCCUGCAUCCAAAGGCAACCCUGCUGCUUAUGGUAUCACACUGACCAAUCAUCCAAUGAAUCGAACCAGUGCCAGCCUUUCUUUGGACUAUUUGCUCCAGGGCACAGACGUGGUGAUCGCCAUCUUCAUUAUUGUUGCCAUGUCCUUUGUACCUGCCAGCUUUGUGGUUUUCCUGGUUGCAGAGAAAUCCACUAAAGCCAAACACCUACAGUUUGUCAGCGGCUGUGACCCUGUCAUCUAUUGGCUGGCUAACUAUAUUUGGGACAUGCUGAACUACCUGGUACCUGCCACAUGCUGCGUUCUUAUUCUGUUUGUAUUCGACCUGCCGGCCUACACUUCCCCAACCAACUUCCCAGCUGUCCUCUCCCUCUUUCUCCUCUACGGGUGGUCCAUCACUCCCAUCAUGUAUCCAGCAUCCUUCUGGUUUGAAGUUCCCAGUACAGCCUACGUAUUCCUCAUCGUCAUUAACCUCUUCAUAGGCAUCACUGCAACUGUGGCCACUUUCCUCCUGCAGCUGUUUGAGCAUGACAAGGAUCUGAAGAGGGUCAACACCUACUUGAAGUCCUGUUUCCUCAUCUUCCCCAACUACAACUUAGGUCACGGUCUGAUGGAGAUGGCCUAUAACGAGUACAUCAAUGAAUACUACGCCAAAAUAGGUCAGUUUGACAAGAUGAAGUCUCCAUUUGAGUGGGAUAUUGUGACUCGAGGACUUGUUGCUAUGACGAUUGAAGGCUUUGUUGGCUUCCUCAUCACCAUCCUCUGCCAGUACAACUUCCUCAGGAAACCCCCGAGGGUGCAGGUCAGCUGCCAGCCUAUUGAUGAUGAUGAUGCAGAUGUGGCCUGUGAAAGACGAAGAGUGCUGCGAGGGGAUGCUGACAGUGAUAUGCUGCAGAUCGAGAACCUGACAAAGGUGUAUAAAUCCAGGAAGAUGGGUCGCAUACUGGCAGUGGACCGCCUGUGUCUCGGUGUCCGGCCUGGAGAGUGCUUUGGAUUGCUUGGAGUGAAUGGAGCGGGGAAGACCACCACUUUUAAGAUGCUCACAGGAGACGAGUGCACAACAGGAGGAGAGGCUUUCAUCAAUGGAAACAGUAUCCUGAAGGACCUCUUACGUGUUCAACAGAGUAUUGGCUAUUGUCCACAGUUUGACGCUCUGUUUGAUGAUCUAACUGCCAGGGAGCAUCUGCAGCUUUACACCCGCCUCCGUGGUAUUCCCUGGAAGGACCAGGGGAGGGUUGUGCAGUGGGCGUUAGAAAAACUGGAGCUGUCAAAGGAUGCAGACAAGCCAGCUGGCACUUACAGUGGAGGAAACAAACGCAAGCUUUCCACAGCUAUUGCUCUGAUCGGAUACCCAUCACUCAUCUUCCUGGAUGAACCCACCACUGGCAUGGACCCUAAGGCCCGCAGGUUCCUCUGGAAUUUAAUCCUUGACAUAAUCAAGACCGGACGCUCCGUUGUGCUCACGUCACACAGCAUGGAGGAGUGUGAGGCAUUGUGCACUCGAUUGGGAAUUAUGGUAAAUGGCCGGUUUAAAUGCCUGGGUAGCAUCCAGCAUCUGAAGAACAGGUUUGGGGAUGGCUACAUGAUAACUGUGAGGACUAAAAGCAGCUCCAAUGUGAAGGAAGUGGUACGAUUCUUCAACAGAAACUUCCCUGAAGCCGUUCUGAAGGACCGUCACCACACCAAGGUCCAGUACCAACUGAAGUCUGAGAGAAUCUCCCUGGCUCAGGUCUUCAGUAAGAUGGAGCAGGUGGUGGAAGUCCUGGGCAUUGAGGACUACUCUGUCAGUCAGACCACUCUGGACAAUGUGUUUGUCAAUUUUGCCAAGAAGCAGAGCGACAACCUCGAGCAGCAGGAAGUUUUGCCUCCUGGUGGUGGGCAGUCCCCCUUGCAACGCAUCUUCAGCUUCCUGAAAGUUAGGCCUGCCAAUACAGAGCUUAAUGCUAUGAUCAGUGAGGCACCAGAGGAGCUGGAGAGUGAUGACGAUGAAGGGCUAAUCAGCUUUGAAGAGGAAAGGGUGCAGCUCUCCUUCAACACAGACACCCUCUGUUGAAACGUGAAACCUUAGGGGCAGAGAGACGGUGAGAGAGACUGGACUGAUCCCACUUUGUCGGACCUCUGAGGCUUUGAGAGUGAGCAGGGGUGCAGAGUGAUCCCUGAGCAGAACUCUCUGUACUGGAAAAUGCACAGCGAACAGUUGACAGUUUCAGAGCUCUGCAGGCCAGUGGGUGGGAUGGUGGUGGCUGCAGGCAAAGAUGCAGCAGCGGGAUGGAGGAUUGUUCCAUCCACAGUUUAUUUGAGAAUGUAUGAGUAGCUGAUGUAAAGCUACACCUAAAUCGAUGUUAUAGACUGUUUGGUUCCGCAGCUUACUUUGACUUGAUGAACAGCAGUGUAACCAGAGUGCACACUUGCACCAACCUGGCCUGCCUUGAGAGCAUGCAGUCAAGAUGGGAAUGUAAUAGUCUAUUUUUAUGUGGCAGGAAGAAUGAUUUAUUUUGCAUAUUGUGACAAUAGAAAAAUUAUUAAAGUACAUGUUGAGAUGGAAGCUGUUUUUUGAUGUCAGUCAUCCAUGGGCCGUGUACACAGCUUGAUUAUUGUCCUGAUGGUGAUGCCCUUUUCUGAACUUGCUCUGAUGUUGUGUUCUUUGUCAAACAGAUGUUUUCUUUUAUGCUUUAAACAUAUCAUUAUGUUGUGGACUAGAAUUUUCUUUAUAUAAAGCUGACAGUGUGUAUAACAAGUACAACAGCUGCUGUUUCUGCUGUGAAGUGGAUGAGCUUUCUAACAGGCUGAACCUGGAGAGACAAUGACGGCACUACCAUCACUGUGACACUAAAACCUACUCAGUCCAGAAUAUUUCUUAUUGAAACUAAGUCAAACUUUAUUAUUUUUAUGAUGACCAUGUAACGUUUUUUAUGUUAAUUUAAAUGUACAAAACAAAUCAAGAUUUGCAAAAAUCUUUGCUGGCAUGUGAAUUUAAACAGCUUUCCUCAUUAGUUCUGUUAAACCUGAGUUGUGAUUCCUCUUGUUAAGAAUUGCUGUUUCACUCGUUUUGUCACAACUGAUUCAAGUCUAAAUUGGUUAUUAAUAUUUAGUGGUAUUGUUCCUACCUGACAGGAUUAUUAAACUGGAACACCUUUUUAUUUUUUGUCUGGCAGUGUAUAGCAGAUGUCUGCUUGUAUUUAUUUUAUUGUAAAAUACAAUGGAAAUGCUCACAUCUGAUCAUCUGUCUCUGAAGUAACAGCUCUGAACUUUUUAAUAUUAAAUUCAUGAAAAUAGUCGGGGAUCAAGUUUAGUUCCCGAUUCCAGUGAAUGUAACAUAAUAAUAAUCAGUUUUACCAAAACUAAGCCUAAAUACAGAAGCUGUGUGUAAGUCCAUCCUCACUGCUGCCAUGGAAACCAUUAAAAAGUGGAAUAAUCUAUAUAAAAGCAUGUGUUUUAGCAGAAUUAGAUGUUUAUAAACUCAGCGCCAAGUAGGAAAAACAACAGGACCGACCUCAGAGAUCACUCCGGAAAGAUUUAACCGGCCUUUUCCAAACUGUUUAAAGUCCAUUGAUCUGAAGAGAGAUUGGUCAGAUCUUCACAGAGUGGACAUCCCAGCAAAUUCACCCCAAUAUUAGACUGUGCAAUUCUCCGAGAAAACCUAAACCAAAAGCCCCAUCUUGGGUCAUACAGGCGUCAGUAUGUUAGAUGUUAAAGUUGAUGACAGGACAAUUAGAAUAAAAGACUCAAAAUUAUAGCUGAAUACACCAAAGGGCUCCUAGAAAAUCUGUGUUGGCCAAAUGAGACCAAAUUAGAGAUGUUUGUCUAUAAUUUGGUUAUCAACCACUGGGCAUGGCCACUGACUUGACUUGACCAUGAACUCCUUUGUGCACCACAUCAUUCUGGAGUCCCACUGGAACCCAUAAAACAAGCCAAUGAUCCCAAAAACAGCAGCGAGUCUUUAUUGCCAUGGUUUUGAGAAAUCCAUAGAAAGCUGUGCAUUGAAAAAUCCUGCAACACCUCAAUGAACUGAAACUGUUGUAAAAGAGUGAAAAGGAGUGGAGGAAGAGGUCAUUUCAUCACACACUGCUUCUGAACUUUAGUAUAGCUUUUGUUAAAUUAGUCAUUUUUAUGAACUAAAACUAAGCCAAAAUUCUUUGAUUGUAAGGACCAGUGAUCAAUUUCAUGUAGGGACCAGACCAUUUUCUAUUUAGUCCUAAUAGCAUGACAUUGGAAUAAGGUUCAUUCUUAAUUUCCAAAUAGGACUAUAAAUCAGCAUAAACGUACUAACAACAGGGCAGUAAUUCAUGUCACCAGCAGCAGAUUUAUGCAAACCUUUAAAAAGAGAGUUUGAAAUCUGAAACUUUGAAAUUGAACUAUGAGUAUGUUGGAGGUGAUCUGAAUCGGCAGAUUGUCAUCUGGAUGAUGUGUUUCAUGUUAGCAUUUUAACUUAUUGAUGGUAAAGCAGAUGUUGCACUGAGAUAAAGGUAGUCACUCACUGGUCAUUAAUGCAGAACUUAUUUAUACAUGGAUGUGGGGCUUUGGCCUCAAAAAUAAUGUUCAGUCUUCUGUGAACUAUUGAAAGAAGUCUUGUUCCCAGGAAUGUUUCUUUUCAUUUGGAGCUCUUGAGUUUGUCUCCUUUUCACAUCAGCACAUUUAAACAUAUUUUUCCAUGUACAGACUGCUCAGAUGUUCCUAAUAAAGUAUUUUGUAAGUGUAAAUCCA